AUGCAAGUCUCUUGUGAGUGGAUUAUAUCAGCAACAAGUAACAGCAUCCAUAUCGUUGGUGUCAUAUCAAGCUUUAUCCCAUCAUCUGGUUCUUCUCGUUAUCGGCAAUUCGGUGGGCAUCCUGAAAUGGAGGUUUCUUAUCGAUUGAUCACAUCAGCAACAAGGAACAACUUGUAUAUCUUUGGUAUCAGCAAGCUUUCUGUCUCUUGGUGGUUCUGGUUAUUGGCGAUUCCUUUGAUGGAUCUCUACAACUAUACGUGUCUUAUGGAUGGAUAA